UCAAUUUCUCGAAUUAUGCCGUAUCGCAGAGAAAGAAAUCCCGUGCGCCGUAUUUAUUUGAAGAAAAUGAACUUUAGAUAUUCAUUUCGUUGUUUAACUGACCAUUUGAUCAAUUUCAUUCUAUUUCAUCUGUAAAUACUCUAAUCAAUUUCUAUCAUUGUUAUAAGUAAAUUACCUGACAAGUGUCUCUGUCUUGUGUUAAGAAUACUAAACUAUUCUAAAACGUAAGUUAACUAACAAAUCAUCACAAUUUUUGCCGUAAAUCGGAAUAUUUAAAUGCGAAGAUAGGUCAACAAGAAAUAAUUGCUUAUAAAUGCUAACACUGAUGAUUUUUACUGGAUUGAAAGAAAACACAGAGAAUACUUUCAUAUUCUGAAGUUGCUGAUUGAGGAAGCCUGAUGGAUGGUGUAAUUGCAGUGUGGGUGCCCUGACAAUGAGAAUGGCAGCAGAGUCACCGUAUCUUUCCGAAAGAAGGGGUCAACGACAAGAAGCCGAUCUUUCAGAUGUAGUGAAUCCACCUGUCAAAUACGAUGUUUGUUGUUUGGAAUUCAAAGACAGAAAAGAGAAAAGAGCAAAUGUUUUCAUAUGCUCAAAUUUUUAAAUCUGCCUAAUAUUCUCAUAUUUUUACAUAUUUUUGUGAAUAUUUUGAUUUGCAUAUAGAAAAGUGAAAUUUUAUGCUUAUAAGUUUAAUAGUAAAAUAUAUUCACUGCAAGGAAAUGUAAAAACUCAUCUUUCCAUCCAAACAUCUAAAAGGAAACUCAUUUACAUAGUAUAUGCAUGCACAUUUUCACUCGAGCCUUUGAAAUUUCGUUAGAAUUUGAGAUUCAUUGUUUUUGGCUUAUGAGAUUUUUCAAAGAAAAUUUUUUUUAAAGCGAUAUUUUCUUAUUACUUAUACGAUGAAAGAGCCAUAUGAUUUAUGCAGACAAAUGGUUUCUCAGCAGGAAAUUCCAAAGGAAGACUUGCAUACAGAAGAGAAGCCUGAUGCAUUCGAAAUUUGCGGUAAAACUUGUUCUCAUUUGUCGCAUUUAGAAAGCGACACGAAAGGAAAACCAUAUAUAUGCGAGAUUUGCUGUAAAGCACCUUUUCGACAGUCUACAUUAAUUGAACAUAAAGAGACUCGCACACAGGAGAGACCGUUUGCAUGUGAAGUGUGUAAUAAGGCAUUUACUAGAAGGGAUACCUUAAGAAAACAUUCAUUUAUACAUUCUAAUGAGAGACCGUUUGCUUGUGAAGUGUGCCAUAAAGCAUUUACUAGAAGGGAUUUCUUAAGAACACAUUCAUUUGUGCAUUCCAAUGAGAAACCAUUUGCUUGUGAAGUAUGCCAUAAAGCAUUUACUAGAAAGGAUGCCUUAAGAACACAUUCACGCAUGCAUUCUAAUGAGAGACCGUUUUCUUGUGAAGUGUGCCAUAAAGCAUUUACUAGAAGGGAUGCCUUAAGAACACAUUCAUUUAUACAUUCUAAUGAGAAACCGUUUCCUUGUGAAGUGUGCCAUAAAGCAUUUACUAGAAGGAAUACCCUAAGAACACAUUUAUUUACACAUACUAAUGAGAGACCGUUUGCAUGUGAAGUGUGCCAUAAAGCAUUUUCUACUAAGGGUACCUUAACUAAGCAUUUAUGGAUUCAUAAGGAAGGGAAGAAACCAUGUGCAUGCGAUAUUUGCGGUCACUCAUUUUCUAGGAACGCUUGUUUAAAGAAACAUUUACUAACGCAUACGGAAGAGAAACCUUACUUAUGUAAGAUUUGUCAUAAAACAUUUUCUUACAGCUCUACUCUGCAUAUGCACAUUCGGAGACAUACGCUAAAGAAACCUUUUGCAUGUGACAUUUGCAGUAAAGCAUUUUAUACCAACACGGAAUUAAAGAUACAUUUACUGUCUCAUACGAAAGAGAAACCGUUUGCAUGCAUUAUUUGUAAUAAAGCAUUUUCUAAGAAUUGGUUUUUAAAAGUGCAUUUGCGAACGCACACGCAAGAGAAACCGUAUGCAUGUGACGUGUGUCAUAAAGAAUUUUCUAUAAAGGGCAAUUUACAGAAACAUAUACGGACGCAUACUAAAGAGAGGCCGUAUGCAUGUCAGUCGUGUGGUAGAGCCUUUGCUGUCAUCUCGAAUUUAAAAAGACAUUUACAGCUUCAUAUGAAAGAUAAACCGGGCGCAUCUAAUGUGCGUCAUUAAACAUUUGUUUACAACUCGGAUAUAACGAUACAUUUACGGACGUAUACUUAAGAGUGACCGUCAGUUAUCUUAUAAAGCCGUUUCUGACAGAUGGAAUUUCAAAAAAUACUUUUUCAGAUUCAUAUGACAGGGAACCUUUUUAAGUGGAACUCUUAUAAUAGAACAAGUUUAAAGAAGAAUUUACGUGUGACAUGUAAAAGAGAAACCAUGGAUGAGUUCAUUGUAAUAAAGCAUUUACUUUACUGGAUUAUUUAUAAAUGCAUAUGCGGACACAUACAAAAGGAAGCCUUUAUCCAUGUGAUAUUUGAAAUUCAAAAUUCUUUGAACAUGUCAGUUUACAUAAACAUUUGUCGACACAUACGAAAAUGAAAUCUUUGGAAUGUAACAGUUGUAAUAAAAAAUGUGUGUGCUCAUAUUUAAAGAGAACUCUUCAGACGCACAUUACAGCAAAAAUAUAAACCGGAGAACUGUGAUAUUUGUAAAUCGUUUUGUCUAAAAUUGUCUUUUAACAGAUAUUUAGUUUAACAAACUAACGCCAAGUAAAUAUGUUA